UGCGAAGCCGCAUGUUUUCUUUCGAUUUUGCUUUGGUCGGUAGUGUUUUCAAGUGCGUGCGUUAAUUUAUAGUUAUUUUGCCAAAAAUAAUCCAUAUUUUUCCAAAAAUUUUUCACAAAAGGGUGCAAGAGUGCCUUAGAAAGUAAAUUAAAUAGAAUUUUAAGAGAAUUUAGUGAAAUUUGUAAAUUUUUCAAUGGAGUUAAGUGUAAACAAAAUUCGGAGAUCCGUGGCACAGUUGCGACAACAUUUGCAGUCGACGCAGCAAACAGCUGAUGAAGACAGCGUGCUGCUUGCGUUCAUGAAUAAAAAUGAUCCUGAUGAAAACGAUGUGGAGGCACUUUUCAGCUAUUUGAGUGAAAGAAUUUUAGAGAAACCUUUGACUGCUGUUAUAGCCACUUCGUUUGAGUAUGUUUUGCUAUUGCUAAUUACACGCAGUAUUCCUAUUGAUGGGCGCGUGGACGAGAGCAAUUAUGAGAUAUAUCAAAAGAAAUGUAUUGCUCUGUCCACAAUGAUGCGUUUGUCAGUAGACACAAAUCGCUAUGCUGUCAGCUAUUUUCGUAAUAAACCAGCACCAUUUGAAUGUUCCACUCUGACCGAAGGCACAACCUCCAUCAAACGCUCCAAGAAUAAUGUUAAAAUAACUUCGCUAGAUAUUGUGAAAUGUUGCUAUCAUCUGUUAUGCGCAAACCCUGUAUUUUUCAAAGAUCUCUGGAAUUGGUCGGUAUUUAUUGAACAGUUCAUUGAUGGCGUUAAGGAAAGUGAUUUGUAUCAACUCUACUGCAACCACAUAAUUGCCAUACUGACAAAUAUGACCACUGCACAUUUACAAGUCAUGAAUGCACAAUUACCGCCGGCUGCAAUCUUACAGUUUGAUGAAGAACGAAAUCUGCGUCCCACCAUGAAAACUGCUGCUUUUAAAAAUAACAACAAAGAUAAAAUAAUUAAUUUGAAAAUUAACUCCCAUUUGGUUACUGAUAUUGAAAAUGUUCUACUUCAUAUUUUCAAUAAGGAAAAUUACGAAUUCUACACAAACUCAGACGGUGUUUUGCAUGAAAAUAUUGUAAAAGUUGACUCCACCAAAGUUAAUUUACGUAGUAUUGCUUUGGGCAUUGCAUCCGCCAAAGCUAUUUGUCUCUCCGGACCUGUAGGUUGUGGUAAGACCACACUUGUGGAAUAUUUGGCACGUAGGACGGGACGAAUUUAUCCGAAACCUACCGAAAUUGAGCAACGAAAUCUGGAUAAUUUAGAAAAUAGUGCUGUCAAUAAUGGUGGCGUAGUAAAUGGAAACGAUAAACUAUUAGCUGGUUAUAAAAGGAAACAUGAACAGAAUAUUUCUAAGAACUUUGAACAAAAUUUAGACCCCAAUGGCAUGAACACAAACGGUUUCUUGCGCAUCCAGCUGGGUGAUCAAACUGAUAGUAAAAUGCUUUUGGGUCAAUAUCGUUGCACAGAUGUGCCUGGUGAAUUCGUAUGGCUGCCUGGUGUGUUAACGCAGGCUGUUAUGAAUGGCUAUUGGCUGCUCUUAGAAGACUUGGAUUCGGCCACACAAGACACUUAUACAAUUUUAAGUAGUUUAUUGGAAAAUAAUUACCUAAGCGUACCAGGCUUUCGUGAUUGUGUUAAAAUCGAACCAGGUUUUCAGUUGUUUGUUACUGUGCGUACAAACAAAUCAUCAACCAGUGCAGGCCAGAAGUCGCUUUUUGCUUUACUCGAAAAGUAUCUCUACACGAUUAAUAUUUUACCACUAUCGCGUAAUGAGCUCUGUAAAGUGGUCAGCACGAAUUACCCCAGAUUAGCCACGGUCGCUAAUCGCAUAGUUGAUGUAUUUCUAACAUUCUCCAGCGGUGAUCACACAGCAGCGGAUAAUUUACGUCAACAAGAAUCCGGGGACAAAGCCGACACCACAGAAAAAUACGUCGCGUUACCAUUUGAGCAAGUUUCCCUGUCAACGAUGACAAACUCUAGUCGUUUAGUGUCUACACGCGAUCUCAUCAAGCUCUGUCAGCGCUCAAAUCCCGUAUUUUCUGUGACGAGCGUCGAAUGCGCUUACUUUGUAUUUCAAAAUGCGGUAGACGUUUUCUGCUCAUACUUGCCGCAGGGCGAAAAUAAAACUAAACUAAUUACAAGCAUUGGUGCCAAAUUGGGUAUUAUACAGUCUCGCUGUGAAUACUUUGCUAAAGAUUAUAAACCCGAAGUGUUCGUUGAUGUCAAUAGCAUAAAAGUUGGUCGCACAGAAUUGCAAGCAAGAUCAGUGGAAGAUGAAGUAAGCUGUAAAACUAAUGAUACAGAAGAUGAGACCGCUGACGAUGGACCAAUGGAUGUUAAGCGUCAAAAGUUGGAUGAUGCACUUAUAUCCUUGAAACGCUCUAUAAAAGCUGCCAGAAAUACCACAUUUUCCUUCACCAGAAUGGCUUCGUGUAUUUUGGAGCGCAUUGCUGUUUGCGUAUCACAUGCUGAGCCCGUGUUGCUUGUGGGUGAAACUGGUGUUGGCAAAACAUCAUCCGUGCAGUAUUUAGCCGAACGUACCUAUCACAAAUUGGUUGUGGUGAAUAUGAACAACCAGUCGGAUGUAUCUGACCUCAUAGGUGGCUUUAAACCUGUCGAUUUAACUUAUGUGGUAACGCCACUGCGUUUAGAGUUCGAUACUAUCUUUCGUUCUACAUUCAAUGUUGAUAAAAAUCAAACUUUCUUGCAUAAAAUGGAGAUUUGCUAUAACCAAGGCAACUUCUACGUUAUACUCAGACUUAUGCAAACUGUUAUUAAUUCAGUAUUUGGUAAGGUUGAACGCAACGAGUUACGUGAAAAGGAAUUGGCUAUGCUACCGCGCUGGCAAACGCUUAAAGUGAAUGUGCAAAAAUUGCUCGCACAACUGAGUAAAUCAAUUAACAUAUCAUUUGCCUUCAUACCGGGCUCUCUGGUGAACUGCAUUAAAAAUGGUGACUGGAUAUUGCUGGACGAAAUAAACUUAGCCUCCGCUGAGAUGCUUGAAUGUCUAUCGACCAUUCUGGAACGCGAUGGUUCCGUUGUAUUGCUGGAGAGGGGCGAUUUUACGCCUGUAAAACGUCAUCCCGACUUUCGUAUAUUAGCUUGCAUGAAUCCCAACACAGAUAUUGGCAAGAAGGAUCUGCCUGUUGGCAUACGUAAUCGUUUCACCGAAUUCUUUGUAGACGAACUAACUACCGAUGUCGAUCUGACUUUGCUCAUAAGUGACUAUUUGAAGAAUACUGGCAUACAGCGCAAGAGCGUCGCAAGUUUGGUGCAGUUGUAUAAAAAACUGAAACUGCUCUCAAAGCUGGAGCUUAACGAUGGCCUUGGUAAUAGACCAGUUUUCUCCUUGCGUACGUUAUGUCGCUCACUCCAUAUUUGCGCCAAAAACUUGUGUGGCUCCAUUGAACGUAAUCUCUACGAGAGCUUUUGCAUGAGUUUCCUCACUCAGCUUGAUCCAGUUUCACACAAUAUCGUCCUGCAAUUGAUACAACAAGCGCUGCUGAGCAACGCUAAAGCUGUACUUAGUCAAGGUAUACCAAAACCAGGUGAAAAUUAUUUGAAUUUCGAAGGUUACUGGAUACAACAAGGACCCAAAGAGCCCGAAGAGUACGCCAGCUACAUUCUGACCAAAAGUGUUAAAGAGAAUCUGCGCGACUUGGCGCGUAUUAUUUCAAUUGGCAAACUGCCUGUGUUAUUGCAGGGUCCGACAAGUGCUGGUAAAACCAGUUUGAUUGAUUACGUGGCGCGCCGAAGUGGCAAUCACUGUUUACGCAUCAACAACCACGAGCACACCGAUCUACAAGAAUAUAUUGGCACCUAUGUGGCUGAUGUAACUGGUAAGUUGAGCUUCAAGGAGGGCGUUUUGGUGCAGGCUAUGCGCAACGGAUACUGGAUCAUUUUAGAUGAAUUGAACUUGGCGUCCACCGACAUUUUAGAGGCACUGAAUCGUGUGCUGGAUGACAAUCGUGAACUCUUCAUACCAGAAACACAGACAUUAGUGAAGGCGCAUCCUAAUUUCAUGCUCUUCGCCACACAAAAUCCACCUGGUUUAUAUGGUGGUCGUAAGACACUGUCACGCGCCUUCAAAAACCGCUUCAUCGAGUUGCAUUUCUCCGAUAUACCACGCGAUGAGUUGGAAGUUAUUUUAGAAAAACGAUGUUUAAUACCCAACUCGUAUGCCAAGAAAAUGGUGAUGUGCAUGUCGGAUUUACAGAAGAAUCGCAAGACUACGAGCAAAAAUGUAUUCACCUUACGUGAUCUCUUUCGCUGGGGCAACCGUUACACCUACGCCGACAAGCAGCUGUUGAAGGAUGAUAAAUAUGACUGGAACCAGCAUUUAAUCGAAGAGGGCUACCUGGUGCUAUCAGCUAAAGUGCGUACAGACAUCGAAAUCGAAAUUAUCGAAGAGACCUUGUAUAAGAACUUCCGUAAGCGCAUCGAUCUCGGCCGUCUCUUUGAUGCGCAGUCCAGCGGGGACGCGUGCUCGGCAGUGACGCGUAAUAUUAUCACUGCUAUAAAAGCAUAUAAGCUGCGCGCCGACAUUGUUUGGACGCGCAACAUGACACGCAUGGCUGUGCUGACGGCUAAAGCACUGCAAUUCAACGAGCCCGUCUUGCUUGUGGGUCCAACAGGUUGUGGCAAAACCACCGUCUGUCAGCUGUUGGCCAGCAUACGUGGUGUGCAGCUGCGUAUUCUAAAUUGUCACAUGCACACCGAGGGCGCAGAUUUCUUGGGUGGUCUACGCCCAUGCCGCGAAUCAAGUGAGCAGACGGGCGGCACGAAGAAACUCUUUGAAUGGGCUGAUGGUCCUUUAAUAUUGGCAAUGCAAGAGGGCUCUUACUUUAUGGCCGAUGAGAUCUCGUUGGCUGAGGACUCCGUAUUGGAACGUUUAAAUUGUAUACUUGAACCUCAGCGUACUGUGCUCCUAGCAGAAAAAGGUGGUGUUAGUGAGACGGAUAAUCCUGCUGAGCUAGCUAAGGACUUUGUUGUGCAAGCGAAAGAGGGAUUCCAGUUCCUAGCCACUAUGAAUCCAGGCGGCGAUUUCGGCAAAAAGGAGCUUUCACCUGCGCUUCGUAAUCGUUUCACCGAAAUCUGGUGCUUGCCUUCGGAUACGAAAGAGGAUUUGAUACAAAUCGCCAGCAACUGCAUGAUGGAAAACUCGCAAAUGUCUGUCGACACAAGCAAAGAUGAGAUAACGAAAAUCGCCAGUUAUCUCGUCGAAGUGGUGCUGUACAUGCGCUAUAUUGUGGAGAAAUUCAAAUUUUCCAUACGUGACAUACUCGCCUGGGCCAAUUACAUCGCCAGCAAUGCGCACUUAACUUUUGCGGAAAGUGCCAUAUUUGGCUUGGAAACCAUCUUCCUAGACGCUUUGGAGUUGUUACCGCACGAAUCAUUCGAAAAGGUUGAAUUAUUGCGAAAGCUCAUAAUACAGUUUGCCAUUAAGAAGGCAGCAGCUAUUUUGAAUGAAAAAUUCAGUCUCGACGAUUUGGCACAAAAACGUGGCACUGAGGUCACACACUCCGCGGAGAAAUUCGGCAUCAAACCAUUCUUUAUACCAACCAACGCCCGCUCAAAUGUGGAGGCGAGCAAAAGCUUUUUAUUUGAAGCGCCGACGACCAAACAAAAUCUUUUUCGUUUACUCUCCGCGCUUUCGCUGAACAAGCCCAUACUCCUGGAAGGACCACCGGGUGUCGGCAAGACAUCGACUGUUGAAAGCAUCGCUGCGGCCGUCGGUUACCGUAUUGUGCGCAUAAAUCUCUGCGAACACACCGAUUUGGCAGAUCUCUUUGGCACAGAUCUGCCUGCCGAAGACAACAUCUUGGACGGUGAAACGGUUGAAAAGAGCACAGACCAAUCAGCUGGCUUCGCUGGCGCUUUUGUAUGGCGCGACGGUCCUUUAUUGGCCGCACUGAAGGCGGAUAACACGUGGAUUCUAUUGGAUGAGCUUAAUUUAGCGCCACAAUCUGUAUUGGAGGGUCUCAACGCCAUACUUGAUCAUCGUGGUGAAGUUUACAUACCGGAGUUGAACAAAACAUUCACACUGAGUAAAGAGACACGCGUUUUUGCCUGUCAGAAUCCGUUGAAACAAGGUGGCGGCCGUAAGGGUCUUCCGCAAUCUUUCUUAAAUCGUUUCAAUAAAGUCUACUUGCGCAAACUCACCACACAGGACUUGUUGUUUGUGGUGAAUGGCAAAUAUGAGGCUUAUUUCGAAAAUUUACGCAUGCGCUUCGCAAAAUUGCUUGAGAAAUAUAGAAUUGAAGGGCCAACAAGUCUAUUUGAAUUUUAUAAAAAAUCCUCAAAAGACGUGGUAAGUGUUGAGUCUGCCACCGAGGCGGAAAGCAGACCGACUCGCUUCACUUUAGAUGUGACCAAACGCCUAGUAGAAUUCUCCGAGUUACUCGACAAUGGUAUAGCGGCGCUCGAAUUCGGCCAUAGGGGCGGUCCGUUUGAAAUCAAUCUACGUGAUAUACUUCGCUGGUGCGAUCUUCUUGUAAAUCCUGACACUGGUUUCAUUUUCCAGAGCGACAGCUGCUCUGCGUCUACAACGACCUUAGAACUGUUCCGUAGGAAUUUCGAAAACUUUCUACUGACGGUUUAUGAGCGCAUGAAAUUGGUUUACUACCAGCGCAUGCGUUGCGAAGAGGAUAAACGUUUCAUACGCAACGCAUUCGGUAAGGUCUUCGAAUGUGAUGCUGAUCAGCUAAACGUCAUCUCCGAAGAUGUCUCACUCUAUUGGACAUCAGAGAAAAUUUAUUUGAAUGAUAUUGUGUUGGAACGCGUUGGUGAUGGGCAAGCUCUGCGUCCAUUGCGUAGUAAUGAUUUAUGCCCGAUUUUGUUGACGUCUCAACGUGAAAUGGUUAAAAAUAUGGUGGAAUGUGUGCGCAUGGAGAAGCCAGUGCUGCUGUGCGGUCCAACUGAUACCGGUAAGACGAAGUUGAUUGAUCUUUUGUGUACUCUAACGAAUCAAGUCUGUAAUACGGACACCAUUGAUGACUCGGUGACGGGCAGUUUUCAGCAGAUUGAUCUAAACAGACAUUUGGAGGAGAUCUCACAAAGUGUGGAGUCUGUGCUCGCAGCGCAACUGCGUUGCAUGAUACUGGAACGGCCGUCGAAAGCUUACAAAGCCGCUGCGGAGCUGCUGCAAGUGUGGGGCGCCUAUGCUAAAGAAUCGAAUGUUAAAUUAGCCACAAAUAAUGCCACGUCCAUGUCGGAGGAGCUGACAAGCUUUCGCAAGCGUAUACAGCGUUUAAAUAAAGUCAUAACUGUUUUAUUAGCAACAACAAAUGAUGCCUUGACCGUCACAUACUCAACGUCAACCAAAGAAAAGCUACAACAACAGCAAAACCGACUUAGCAUAUUGGAAAAUCAUGUGCGUAACGCAGAUACACUAAACACGGGUGGCUCAUUCGAGUGGGUCGAUUCGAAAAUUGUUAAAUCACUCAAGUGCGGUCAAUAUAUUUUAUUGGAGCACGUAAAUCUCUGCUCCUCAGCAGUGUUGGAUCGCCUAAAUCCCGUUUUCGAACCGAAUGGUAAUCUGCUGAUAUCCGAAAAAGGUGUUUCAGCAAAUGAGUGUGCCGAGAUAGUUGAGAAAGCGCCGAAUUUCCGCGCUUUUCUCACAAUCGACCCGAAAAAUGGUGAGCUGUCGCGUGCCAUGCGCAAUCGUUGUGUUGAGCUGGCCAUAGCUAAGGACCCCUACAGCGUAGAUGAUAUGCGUCUGAUUGUCUAUAACAAUGGUGUGCGUGGCUUGCGCGCAAUCAACUGUAUACUCGAUAUACACAAGCGUCUAAUGCAGUCGACAGAGAUCAACAACUACAACAUAACACACCUCGCACAAUUCGCUUUUCUGACGGCAUCUUACGCUCGCAUCGGUUAUGAUAUGGAACGCGCCAUUUAUGUAAGCGGCAUGGAGGUUUAUGUGUAUGCAGCGAACACUGACCUCAUGGGUUUCGGUUUGCCCUACUAUCAGAAUCAAUUGCGUGAGAUCGUUUUGGCCGAGUCUAAGAAGUUUGCUGCAAAUGCCGCCAAGUAUGUAGCUGCAGAUGAGGAUCGCUUACGCGAUAUUGUGUUACACAGCGAUGAGUUGCAUGCUCUCUCCUUAAUCAAAUUACAAACUGAGCCACUACGCAGUCUACUACGCCACAAUGAAGACGCACAAAAUGUAUUGACAGAAAUGUUUGCAGAUUUCGCUCAUGUCGAUUUGACAAAAGUUGAGCAAACUCAAUUAUUAAAAUAUUAUAUUUAUAUGCUCUACGAAUGCAGCUCCAUAGGCGAUGCCGAGCUGCGUUACUUAUAUUUGACAAAAUUGCUCAACUCACAAGCAGAUUUGCAAAACCUAUCACAAUCUCUCUUCGCCUGCAUAAAACACAGCAGUACACAAUUUGAAUCAACCCCAGAUGAGUUGCCUUGGAACAACAAAUUAUUUCCACGUAUACGCGCAUACGCCAGCCAACCAGCGGAUGCGAAAAAUCACAAAAGUUUCUGUUUGAGCGCGCAACUUGUUGCACAUUUGUUGCUCUUGCCUCUGCCACAGCCUCGGAAAAUAAAUAUCAAUGAUACCGAUGCACUGGCCUACUCACAAGCACUCGCUGCAGGCGGCAUAGCGGAUCGUUAUGAAAAUGUUCUACUACAAAAUCUUGCCAUUUUCAUGGCUAGUUUACGUGAAGUGUUGAGCGCAUCGCUGGAUUAUGCUCACAUUGAUCUCAGCACAUUUUCGUCAAUAGUAACGGCCUAUUUGUGGUAUAAUCGCUUGUUGAGUAUAGCGCAAGAGCAGCUGGUGGAGAGAAAACAAUUGAAUAGGCAGUUGAUGGAUAAGCUUGUGUUGCAUUUUAAGUGGUUGGAGAAGAACUUAUUAAGAUUACUUACACAAAUGUUGCCAAAUUAUUGUCAGUUGAAUGCUGAUUUUAACGGUAGUCUGCUGAAGAUCAAUAAUUAUAUUGUGAGCAUUAAGGAGCCGCUAAACCUAAUGCGGAAAGUCUACAAUAAACAUCUCACUCACUUUGCACCUUUCUAUCAGGAGAAACAGAUAAACUUUUAUAGAUUAGUACGCACACUGGAUCAGCUACUCGCUGUAGUACCCACCUACGGCAGCUUUACGCAUCAGCAGGUGCUUAAAAAGUUCCUGGCACAAAACAGUGUUGACGCUAGGCGCGCACGCGCAAUAAUAAAUAAAUGUUUAGAGCAACAAAUCAACACUAAGUUCAAAAGAAUUCAACAGCCAACAACACGUAACGCUGACAUACCCGAAACACUACACACAGCAUUGGUGGCGUAUGUGAAUAAUACCACAGAAGAUAAGGGCGCGUUUGAUGAAGACUUAGAUGGAGCACUGCAAACUGCGAUUGGAGCAUUGAAAAGUGUGGUGAACUCACCGGAGAAUUUGGAAUUGGCCACAGAGCCUAAGGAGUUCAAUAUGCGUCUGCUGGCGUUACGUGAAUUUUACCUUGCUAAAGCACUGAACAGCAUCGGCAACGGUGGGACGCAAAUAAAUGAGGUAUACUGCGAAGAGAUCACCUCACUGAGCUCGGCCACUUGGCAAUUAAUAAAGGUGUAUAACUCAAGCGCAUUCAAAAGUUACGAAAAGGUCUGGUCCGAGCUGCUGAAACACUUGGAAAGCAUUGAGAGUGUCAGUGGAUUUGAAGCGCUGCUAGAAUACCUGAAUGGCAGCUAUAGAUUUUUCAAUUCAUAUCACGCGCAGUUGCAGAAUGCUGUAAAUAGCAUGCAGCUUUACAAUUUAGGGACGCGCGAAACGGCGGCGAAUGUUCUGCGCACAGCGGCAGAAGUUGAUUGUUCAUAUACUUAUGAUGGUUGUAGCUUCUUGAAUGUGUUUUGCUCGUUGAUUUUCGAAGAAAACGGUUGCCUGCGUCCAGUGCCGCUCAAUGAACUGAGCGAUUGGCAAGCGACACUCAAACAAUUGCAACAUUUACUCUGGCAGAAUGCGAAUUUGUUGACAGCGCAACACAGUGACGUGCGUAAUAAUUUGCUCGCAGCGCAGCGCAGCGCAAAAAAGCUGCUACACGAGGCGGCGUAUGUCAAGAAAGUAUGCGACAGUAUGGAAAAUGAAAACUUUAGUGAAUACAAUGAGCACUUUCAACAACUGCUGUACUCUUUAACGGCUGCAAGUGAUGAGACAACAAACAGCGUUAGUGCCCAGCAGAGCAACGGCACGCUCCACCAUCAAACCAUGCUAUAUAAGGCAGCUCUGCUCAACAGUCUGGUGGGCGCUCUGGAAGUCUGUUUGCUCACCUUCACGCCGCUCAUAGAUCCAGUCGAGAAGAAUCGUUUGAAGAAUCUCUACGUUGUCGAGGAUAUAAAUUGCCUAACCACUAUGACCACCGCCUACGAUUUUAUGCGCAUAAUAAUGAAAUACAAACACUUGGGAACGGAGAUGUACAACGCUUUUGAGACGCGCCUGCAAUUUCUCCAAUCGAAACAGCAGAAAUACGCACAAAAAUUAGCUUUGCGUCCGACGGAGUGUCUCUACCCCAGGCUCGUCGACGAUGUAACGCAUUAUCUGAAAACGAAUUGCGCACCACAAGCGCUUCACAUUCUCAUACAAAGCGCGCAAAAAGCAUGGAGACAACUCACAAGUGAUUUUCAAGCAGCAAACGCUGCACAAAUCCUAAGUAACAGCACGGAGGUCGUGAAUAAACUUAAUUUAUGGAUUACCAAUUCGCAACGCUUCCUCAAUCACACACUGAAGGCGUACAUGGAGCAUUAUCAGGACUUCAUACAACCAUUGCAAUACUCAAUCGACCAUUUACGCUACGGCUUUGAAGGCCUUAAGGUGGCGCUCACACAAGUCGCGAGCAAUAUUUUGCAAUUGACAGACAAAAAAGUUUACACAAAUCUCAACGCCGAUGACCGGCUCUCGCAUACUUUAGCCAGCAUUGCUGAGUUUCCAGCGUGCCGCCAACUCUUCGCAGACGGCACCUCAAAGUCUUCGUCCACACGCGCGAUACUCAAACAACGCUCGUAUGUAAAUAGCGUGCUCAAACAGCUGCCGCACAGCGAGCACACCUACUUCCGCUUGCUCAAAGCGAAGCUCAUAGAGUUACGUAACAGUAUAAAGAUUUCGGCGCAUAUCGACGAGGGCAUUUUCAGCGAGUUGGAUUACAUUUUCAGUGUGUCAAAUCAAAUUUGGCAGGCAGAAGAGGAGCGUAGGCGCGCACAGAAGGCGGAGGAAGAGAGUUUGUAUGUAAAUAAAACACGUUGCGCCGAAGAGGAUGAGGAGCUGCUCGAACUGCAAGAGAUCGAAGCGCAUUUCCCCACUAAUGUUGAGGAGGACUUUGGCGAUUUUCUCAUUGAGGCUACGCUGGAGAAAGUUGUCAAGCUGGAUAAGAAGGCGAAUUUGAAAACGCAAAAGACACAAGUGAUACGCGAUGAGGAUUACACCUUUUUGGCGACUAAUUUCAUUGAGCUCAUGGCUCAAUAUACGCAUGUCUACUACCACAAGCACGGCGCUGGUUUCGGCGGUGCGCUACAGCUGGAGUUCAUAGAACCCUUUCAAGCACGCAUGCAGGCCUUCGUACCGUUAUAUGCACAUUACAAACGCGGCUUGAAUGAUUGGCUCGCAGAAGCGGCAUAUAACAGUUGCACUUUGGCUUUGGCGCUACAAAAAGAACAGCUGAAGGAUGCCGGCACAACGCUGCUGGUUGGGAAAACCGCCCAUAACUACAAUUACUACAAAGAUGCCAACUUACCGGAAAUCUUGGGUUGUAUGGAUUUGCUGAAGGACAUAGAGUUGAUCGCAGACUCACAGCUCGCCUUGUAUCCGGAGCACGCCAGUCUCAUCGACAUUAAGCGUGUAAUUGAACGCAUACGCACGCUGCCCGCCAACGCGCCGGUCGUGCGCUUCAAUACCGGCUUCCAGCUGUUGCGUCAAAAGCUCGCACAGUGGAAUGAGGUCGCGCACAAAGGCAAUCACAUGCGCGAACAGGAGGUUGCCGUGGCCGAGUAUGUACAGCGUUGGAUGAAGCUCGAGCUGCAGUGUUGGCGCAAUUGCUUGAAUCAAACGAAGUUACAAAUCGAGGCGAAUACGCACAAAUAUUGGUUCUACAUCUACCAACUGCUGCAGGAGUAUUUGCACGAGCGUGAGCUGGAUAGCUCUUACAUGGAUAUAAGGAAUGCCGAAAAGCGCUUCGGCGAGGGUGAAUUGCUAGAUGACGCGGAAGUGGCGCAGAAGACCAAGGUGAACGCCGAUGAUAUUGUGCGCAUUCUCCGUCAAUUCGUUGAGGCUGCGAAUUAUGGCGAUUUUCAUGUACGCCUACAGCUGCUGCAGGCGUUCGAACUUUAUCUGCACAACGUGGCACAACUCACCUUGCAGAGCAACAACGACAAGUUGACGGCAGACGCACGUGCGUUGAUCGCGGGCUUGCAUAAUCUACAAAUAUAUUUUGCACAAUUUGCGCAAGAGAUCGAUGAGACUGCGCAGAGUAUGCGCACACCCAUCGAAAAGAAGCUGAAGGAACUGGUGAAGAUCGAGAGUUACAACAAGGAUUUGUCCUACUUUAGCAUGCGUAAUAAUGUUGCGCGUGUGCAUCGUAAUCUGAAUAAGUUCCUCAAGGAAUAUCAGCAGCAGUUGCAGCAAAAAAUUACGCCCGUCUUCCAGCCGAAAGAUGCCACCGUUAAAGAUUACAAUUUCGAAAAUGAUAAGGGUCGCGAAUUGCGUUACGACACGCGCAUCAAAUACUAUUUGGUGGAAGUUAAAAAUUUUGUCGCAGGUCAAAAGCUCGCCGAGAAAUAUGGGGUGCGCGAGGAGGAGGUCGUUGGCAAUGAGCUCAUCACUGAAUCCCAUGCCGAGCAAAAGCUUUUGAAUAAAGUCGAACGGUUAUUCAAGACAUCGCGUAACGUUGUCAAGGAGACUGUGAGCAAUGCCAAUUUCUCCAAUUUAAUAAUAGCUUUGGAUAGUGUGCUCUGUUCGCAGCUGGAGCGUUGUGAUGAGCUACGUGCGCUAAGCGUAGAUCGUAGUAAGGAACGUCCAAAGCAGCUGCUGGAGGCGAAACAAAUUUUGCAACAGAAACGUAAAGGCCUAACAGACCUCUUUAAAACGCUCACACAACUCGGUCUCAGCUUCAAGGCCGGUCUGAUGGAGCUAUCGCUACGCACUGACUUCACUGAGCUCACUUUGCCGCCGUUCUGCAUUAAGACAAUGCUGGGCGCACGCUCCGACAAACGUUUGCACACAAAUGUCUUGCAUCUGAAUGAGAACCUCGAUCGCUACUAUGCGAAAUGUGAGUUCAAGCUCCGCUUGCUGCAAAAUAUUAUGCUGGCGCCCUUGUCUGAGCUCGGUCCGCCAAACAUUGAACGUAUUAAAGGUUUCGCCGUCGAUAUGUUUUUAUUGGUGCAGAACCAGAGACGUCUACUCGCCAAUACGAGCAAGCAAAUCUAUGACCUCAACGUACAUAUGCAACAUAUUAAAGAGAUCUAUGAUAUCUGCAGUCUGGGAGACUUGACGAAAGCUGUGGAAGGCCUUGCUUUUAGUGAAGCGCGUGACAGUUAUCUUGUUUUGCGUGAGUCCAUCUCACGAAUGCGAUAUGUUUUGGAGCAAUUUAGUUUACUAUUGGCAUGCGCGCCAUCUGGCGAGAGUGUGGAAAAUACGGUGUUGGCGCAAAGUGAGUGUCACUUGCUACAGAACUUGCCCUACUACGCAACCAUCGUGAGCAACUGUGAUGAGGUGCUUCAAACGGCUAAAGCCACACUCGUUGAAAUGCUAAAGAAUGACAAGGAGUUCCUAAACGUAGAGCGCGUAACUGUCUACAAAGCGACACACGAUAAAUUGUAUCAAACGCUUCAAAAACUCGUCGCUAGUUUGAGUACUGCAGCGGGGGAACCUUUACCUAUAGCCAAACCUAUUGUAGAUCUACUCAACUUCGUUAAUUCAUCCAAAGAACGUUUAGCUGCACUGACGCGCUCUGCACCGCCGGUAAAUUUGGAAAAUUUGGAUGUAGUGCUGGAGCAUAUAUUGCAUGAGGUCCUGCUUGCCUUACAGAAACUCUACAAGAAGUACACCCAGUCCCCCAGCGGCGUCACAGAGGAGUCAUUCUCACCUGGUAAAGCCCGCAACGAGCUUGAGUUGCAGGAGAAGCAUUUGAAGGAGCAACUACAUGCAGCGCUCGAGUCUGACUGGCAGAUGUUAAAUAUCGCCAACAUCGUUGAGCAACUAUCUAAUGUGCUACUCACGCUCAAACACGCUUCUCCAAGCCAAUCGAAAUUAGUUUGUGCACGCAAGCUCACCACACUCAUGCCGAUUUUGGAACAAUAUUACUUGUUGGCCGACUACUAUCUCUUCCAGCAGCUGGGGGCACAUAAAGUAUCCGCGAAGAUGCUCUCCGUUAUGCUAACGGUGUUUGUGGAGAUCGGCAGUAAGGGUUUCUGCGUGCCACCCGAUCUCAUGCAGGACGAGGAGGGUCAGGCGAAGGACCAAAAGGACGGUGAAGGCUUUGGUUUAGAGGAUGGCACUGGUGAAAAUGACGCGACGGAUAAAAUUGAGUCAGAAGAUCAGCUGGACGAUGCAAAGCGACCGGAGGACCGGAAAAAUGAGGAAAACAAACAGCCAGAGGACUGUAAGGAAGAUAAGAGCAUCGAUGUGAGUGAAGAUUUUAAUGCGAAUGCACAAGACUUAGAGAAGCCCGAAGAAGACGAUAGCGGUGAGUCGGAAAAUGAAGAGGAUGAGAUGGAUAAAGAAAUGGGGGAGACUGGCGCGGAGGCCGAUAAAUUGGACGAACAAAUUUGGGGUGACGAUGAGGAGCAAAAAGAAGAGGAAGAGGAAGAGAAUGAACAGGAAGAGGAUCAAGGCAAGGGCACAAAAGAUGAGAAGGACACCCAUAACGAUCUAGAUGCGAAGAAUGACGCAGCAAAUGAAACGGAACAAGAAAACGAAGGUUUAGAUGCGGCUAACGAUGUGAAAGAUGACAAGCGCAAGCAGCAGGAAAAAGAUAUUGAUAACAUGAAAGAGCCUGAGGUGGACGAGGAUCAACCCAACCCAUAUCACAAUGAGCUUGAAGAACCGCCAGAGCCAGAGGAAAUGGAUUUGGGUGACAUGAAUGCGGAUAAUGAACAAGAAGAGGGUGCUGAUGAGCGAGAGGGCGAAGAAAAUCCCUUCGACAUUGAUAAAAUGAAAGAGAAUAUGGAAAAUGUGGAUGAGCAGAGUAAAGAAGAGGAGGGGAAAGAAGAGAAUGAGGUUGAGUCGAAAUCGGAUGAUAGCGACUCAGAGGACGGUGAAGGCGACACGGAAUUGCGCAAGGAAGAGAAAGGCGAUGAAGACAAGCCGGAAGAGGAAGACGAGGAAGCCGAAGAUGAGACGGAAGCCGAAACGCAAACACGAGGCGAACAGGAGCUCGACACAGGCGCGGAUGAGAGGCAAGAGGAAAAUGAGAAGAAUGAAGAACGCGAGGAGAAACCGGAAGAUUACGAGCAAUCCAAGGACAAAACAAGUAAAGAGGAGAAUAUGCAAUCCGUGCCUGAAACCGAAAACAAAGGUACGCCCGAUGAAGUGCAAAGCGAAAAUGAUCAAGAUGUGAAACAGGAUCAAAAAUUGGAUGAACAAGAGACGGGGGAAGAGAAAGAUGGUGUAGGACAGGCUGAAAAUGAGACAAACGAUGGUGGCCACCAGGGUAUUGCGGAAACCAAAGAGCAAAUUGCACAGGACGAAAACGCUAAAGAGCAAAAACCGCAAGAGAAACGUAAACAGGGUAAAACGAAUGAAGAGCGUACUUUAGGCGAAGCGGAGGAAAAGAAAAUCAAGCAAUUAAAGACCAUUGAUAAGAUGAAGGAACAAAAAGUGCAGCAAGAGGGCGACGAAGAUAAUGACAACGAAAAAGAAGCAGACGCCGAAGAAUUCCAGCAUGUAAAAGAAGCGAAAAAGAAUGAUAAGACGACACUUGACAAUGCCACUGAAGAGCAGUCGAAACAGAUACAACACCAAGAAGAUGAAGAGCAAGAGGGCGCGGCAAACGAAGAAGAUGGGGAGAACAAUGAACAGUUGGAAGAGGCAGAGAACGCAGAGAAAAUGGAUGAAGAUGAACAGAAUCUGGAGGAAAUGAGCGCAGAGAAGUUCGAUAACAAAUCGGAGAAGCCAUCAAAGACGGAACGCAGCAAGGAACACACAGAGACUGAAGAGGAAAUGGAGGUUGAAGGCGAGGUGGUGCAGACAAUGACCGUGGCGCGUAAUGACGACACCACGGCGCAUUGCAACAAAGAGAUACUGCUAGAACAUCUCACGCGUAGCGAAGAAUUAAGCACGGCUGAAAUGCUGGAAAUGCGCCAAACGUAUCAGCAGCAGCUGGCCACAAAUAAAACAACCUUGCCCGUGCAUGAAGACUACGAUACAUGGCAAACCGUAUCGACUCGAAUGUCACAAAAUGCACGCGAACUAUGCGAACAGCUGCGUCUCAUAUUAGAACCCACAAAGUGUACGCGCCUAAAGGGUGACUAUCGCACUGGGCGCCGCAUUAAUAUGAAGAAAAUCAUACCCUAUAUUGCGUCACAAUUCCGCAAAGACAAAAUAUGGUUGCGUCGCACUAAAGCUGCACAACGUGAUUAUAAAAUCACCAUAGCCAUUGAUGAUUCGAAAUCGAUGCAUCAUAACAACUCAAAAACACUAACACUCGAGGCAAUAUCGUUGGUAUCGCAAGCACUGACAUUGCUCGAAAGCGGACGCUUGAGUAUUAUCUCCUUCGGUGAAUCACCACAAAUUAUACUCAAUCAUACGGAACAAUUUGAUGGGCCGAAAUUGGUGAAUGCCUUGAAUUUUGCGCAGGAUAAAACGAAAAUUGCCGAGUUGCUCGAUUUUGUACGCACUGCAAAUACGGAAGAGGCUGCAUUGGGUACGGAUAAUGGUCUAUUCGAAAAUCUGCUGCUCGUGCUUAGUGAUGGACGGAAUAUUUUCAGCGAGGGGCGUAUGAAGGUACGCAAUGCAAUUAAGUUGGCGCGUCUGCAACGUAUUUUCUUGGUGUACAUCAUUAUAGAUAAUCCUGAAAAUAAGGACUCUAUACUUGACAUACAAACAAUGGAAAUGCUGCCGGAUAAACGCAUAAACAUAAAAUCGUAUUUGGAUGAUUUCCCCUUCCCCUAUUAUGUGAUUGUGCGUGAUUUGAACCAACUGCCGCUCGUUCUAAGUGAAGCCAUGCGUCAAUGGUUCGAAUUGGUGAACAGCGAAAUGUAGAAUUGGGCACUUUAGUAUUUAAGUUACUCAGUUUGUAAACAAAUAUAUGCGUAUUGGAAGAAAUUUACGCAGUUAAUUAUUCUUUUUACUAUAAAAAGGACGCAUAGUGAAUAGGUAUGAAGCAUUGUUUACGUUUUUUCUUUCUGUAUAUAUACAUACAUAUGUAAAAAUGGAUUACAGCAUUUAAGUUAUUAUUAUUAUCUUUUUAAUUAUUGUAUCAAAUAUAAAUAUACUUGUAUAAGUUUUCUUUUGAAAAUUUGACGUUAUUAUUAUAAGCAUGUACUUACAUAAUACAUACUCGUUGCGUAGAUAAAA